AUGGUCUUUAACGAGCACGGCCAGCCAAAUUAUGAUGCGCCGCGGGAGAUGCAGGAUCUCCCAGCGGGACAGGCUUACCAUUUUGGUGGCCCGCCGCCCGAAGAACCCGGCGAUCCCACCCGCCAGCCCCUACAGCCCUUACAGCCCUUACACGAUCCAUACUCGCCCGUAUACGACCAGUUUACGCCUCCCGGUACCCAUCAUGGCGUGACUCAACCUCCAGCAACCGACUUUGGCAACAUUACACCACCCCCAGGUAUCAACAAUCCUGUACCCGGGGAAAACGACUCUUCUCGAGAUCUCCUCCAUGAUCCCUACGGCCACGGCGGCUUUGGCGGUUACGGCCAUGACCCCAAUCGCCUGGGGUCCCCGAACUCGGAAUAUGACGUCGAGGCUUCGAGAUUGGCAGAGUCGAGACUCUCGGUCAUUCGAAGAGCUGCCACCAUGCAGUCUUUUGACCAGAACGAGUCCCUCUCGGUGCCAGGCUUUGUGCAGGGACGUCCAGACUCGGCGUUUCACGACCCAGAGGAGAGCUGGAUGGAGCGACAGCAGCAGCAGCCCCUCACCCGCGGCCUCACCCGAUCGCGAACCCGCAAGGUCAAGCUCGUCCAGGGCUCCGUCCUAAGCAUCGACUACCCCGUCCCCAGCGCCAUCAAGAACGCCAUCGAGCCGCGGUACAGAGACGCCCCGGGGAGCGUGCAGGAGGAAUUCACAAAGAUGCGCUACACGGCCGCCACGUGCGAUCCCAACGAUUUCACCCUGCGCAACGGCUUCAACCUCCGCCCGCGCAUGUACAACCGCCACACGGAGCUGUUGAUCGCCAUCACGUAUUACAACGAGGACAAGGUGCUCCUCGCCCGCACGCUCCACGGAACGAUGCAAAACAUCCGGGACAUUGUGAACCUCAAGCGCUCCAAGUUCUGGAACAAGGGAGGCCCCGCGUGGCAAAAGAUUGUCGUCUGUCUCGUCUUUGACGGUAUCGAUAAGGUCGAUAAAAACGUCUUUGACGUGCUGGCCACGGUCGGCAUCUACCAAGACGGCGUCAUCAAAAAGGACGUCAACGGGAAGGAAACAGUUGCCCACAUCUUUGAGUACACGAGUCAAAUCUCAGUCACGCCAGACCAGCAGCUCGUCCGACCCUCGCACGACAAGCCGCACCGUAACCUCCCGCCCGUGCAGUUCAUCUUCUGUCUCAAGCAAAAGAACAGCAAAAAGAUUAAUUCGCAUCGAUGGCUGUUUAACGCAUUUGGUCGCAUUUUGAACCCCGAGGUCGCUAUCCUCAUCGACGCUGGAACGAAGCCCGGUCCGAGAGCCUUGUUGUCUCUGUGGGAAGCCUUUUACAACGAUCGCGACCUUGGCGGAGCCUGUGGAGAGAUCCACGCCAUGUUGGGCAAGCGAGGCAUCAACCUCCUAAAUCCCCUCGUCGCGGUGCAGAAUUUCGAGUACAAGAUUUCCAACGUGCUCGAUAAACCCCUAGAAAGCGCCUUUGGCUACGUGAGUGUCCUUCCGGGUGCCUUUUCUGCCUACCGCUUCCGCGCCAUCAUGGGCCGACCGCUGGAACAGUAUUUCCACGGAGAUCACACGCUCUCGAAGCAGCUGGGCAAGAAAGGAAUCGACGGUAUGAACAUUUUCAAGAAGAACAUGUUCCUUGCCGAGGACAGAAUCCUCUGCUUCGAAUUGGUCGCCAAGGCGAGUCAGAAGUGGCAUCUCAACUACGUCAAGGCGUCCAAGGGCGAGACCGACGUCCCAGAGGGCGCAGCCGAGUUUAUCAGUCAACGACGAAGAUGGCUCAACGGAUCCUUUGCUGCGUCUCUCUAUUCUCUGAUGCAUUUUGGUCGACUAUAUCGAUCUGGUCAUAGCAUCAUCCGACUCUUUUUCCUGCACAUUCAACUCUUUUACAACUUCUUCAACGUCCUGUUCAGUUGGUUUUCACUGGCUGCGUAUUACUUGACGACAACCAUCAUCAUGAAGCUGGUCGGCACGCCUCAGGUUCUUUCAGGAUACCACGGAUGGCCAUUCGGUGAUACAGCAACGCCCAUCGUCAACGUCUUGAUCAAGUACAUCUACGUCGCCUUCCUGGUUCUGCAAUUCGUCCUCGCCCUCGGAAACAGACCCAAGGGAUCCAAGUACAGCUACAUCGCAUCCUUCAUGGUUUUCGGUCUCAUCCAGCUAUAUCUCCUCGUGCUUACCGGUUACCUCGUCUACCGAGCCUUCACCACCACGCCGAUCGAGGAGCAGAUUUCCUUCGCGUCCGGACAGGCCUUCUGGGAUAGUUUCUUUGGCGGCGGUUCUGGUAUUGCCGGUCUGAUCGUCAUCGCGCUUGUCACCAUCUAUGGUCUCAACUACAUCGCCUCCUUCCUCUAUCUCGACCCGUGGCACAUGUUCCACUCGUUCCCCCAGUACAUGAUCCUCAUGUCGACGUACAUCAACAUCCUGAUGGUGUACGCCUUCAACAACUGGCACGAUGUCUCGUGGGGAACCAAGGGCUCUGAUACCGCUGAAGCUCUUCCUUCUGCCAAGGUCAUCAAGAAUGAAAAGGAGGCCGUCGUUGAAGAAAUCGAGCAGGAACAGGAGGACAUCGACAGCAAAUUCGAAAAGACCGUUUGGCGAGCUCUGGCCCCCAUGAGCGAAAUGAACCAGGAAGAGCCCGAGAAGAAGGACGUGGAGGAUUCGUACAAGUCCUUCCGAACGGGCCUGGUUAUUCUCUGGUUGCUCUGCAACAUUGUCCUGAUCGUCUUUGUCACGACGGACGAUUUCAUCACCCUCGGCGUCUCUAAAGCCGCCGACGUUCGAACGCCCAUGUACUUCCGAUUCCUCCUUUACGCAACAGCUGUGCUGUCCAUCAUCCGCUUCGCCGGUUUCCUCUGGUACAUUGGCCGAACCGGCAUCAUGUGCUGCAUCGCGAGAAGAUAG